AAAAAAAAACCUUCGACCACCGAGCGAUAAUGGUGGCUGGACUAUGAGAUCUCCGUCGUGUUUCUCGCCGCCGAUUAUAAUCCUUCUCUACUAAUGGCGAUCUUAGUCGAUUAUUUAGGGUUUACUUGAAGAAGAAAUCAAAAGUAUUUAUUGGUAUGGAGGUGAAGGAAUCGAAGCUAGACAUGGAUAAGGAGUUAGAGGCAUUACCCAAAGAGAUGCCUUGUACUAGUAACUAUGAGGACCAUAGUUUUUAUAAUACUGUUGAAGAUCUCACUGAGGAUCCUUGUGGUGUUGGUGUUGAUGUUGCUGGUGGUGAAGAUAGUGUUGAUGUUUCUGUUAAACAAGAGGUGGUAGAUGAAGACGAGGUUGAUGUAUUGGAAUGCUAUGAUGAAGAUGAGGUUGAAGCCUCGGAAUGCUAUGAUGAUGCGACUGAUGGAUAUUCGUCGAGCUCGUUUAGUGGAACUGUUUCUGAGCAUGAGAGCGAUGAACCUGCUUUGAAUGAUCAAGAAGCUGAUUCCAUCACUUGUAAUGAUACUUCUCUUCCGCUCUGGGUUAGAAAGAGGAAGCUGACUGAUCACUGGAGGAGGUCUGUAAAGCCUAUAAUGUGGCGUUGCAAAUGGAUUGAGCUCAAAAUCAAAGAAUUUCAGAACCAAGCACGGAAGUAUGACAAAGAACUGGAAGAAUCUUUCCAAGCCAAGCAACUGGAGUUAGAAAAUCACAAAUCAGAAGAAACUGGAAUAAAGGCAUUGCCUUCUCUUCCAUGUUAUACUCAGAAAACCCGACCCAGGAAGAGGAAAAAGAGAAAGCUAGUUGAAGAUACCUUAGAUGUUCCAUCCUAUGCAUCAAACCAUAAUCUCUUCUCUUAUUACGAUUCCCGGAAGUCUUUGGCUGAUAUUGCUCUUAAUGACAACUCCCGCAACCUAGAUAAACGGAAUAAGAGCGCCAAGGAUGAGACAGUUUUCCCUGAAGAGACACCGCCUCUCGAGUUUAGAGAAGGCGAUGCAUACUUGGAACAGAUACUUUUGAAGAUUGAAGCAGCAAAGUCAGAAGCCCGUAACUUGAAAGCCCGAGUAGACAAGGUUUUGAGUGAAAAUCCCAGUAGCUUCCCUCCGGCUAACACAGUGAAUCUACUUGGAUCUGCUGAUGUGUUCACCACCUCAGAACAACAAAAGCCCCUGGUGGUUAUCAAAACCGAAGAUGAGAAAUCGAUCAUAUCUGAAGAAAAACCAGUGAAAUCUGCUUCAGUUUCAUCUCAUCACAACACACCUGAAGAUGAAGAAACAACAGAUAUAUUACUCUCUGAAAUCCUGGCAUCAAGACGCAGAGAAGGGAAAGCGAUUGUUCCCGAUAAGAAAGUGCAGAAGACAGAACAACAAACAUUAGUUGAGGAAGGUCCAUCAAGACCUGUAAGGAAAAGAACACCGCGCAAUCUUGAGUUGAUAACAAAGGAAGAGACUAACCCAAAGAGAAAAAGGGUUUCAAAAGAGAAGCCAAAGUCUAGUGUGACGGUGGCUUCUAGAUUUAAGCUUCCCAGCAGGAAGAGAAAGCGAGGAAAGCGAAGGUCAGGCUCUACUGGAUUAAGAAGAAGAUCCUAAAAAAGGUUUGGAAAAUUUGAAGAAACAAAUUGGAUCUUGUGUUAAAUAGCAAAGUAUGUUCAUUCUAAGGUAUGCUUAAGCCUCUAAAGUACAGAGAAAUAUAUAGAGUGGCUAUGUUUUGAUUCUUCAUGUCAAAUAUAUAUUCAAACUGCAUGAAGUUUAUGUAUUUGUGACAUAAACUAAAUCAACUUCCGAACUUGCUUCUAAAUAUUUUGGUGUAGAUAA